AUGAGUGGAAUUAAGUCGAACUAUUCCCCUGUCCGUGAAGCAGAGCGCAUCCUGGGCCUUUUGUGCCAACAAGCAGAAAAUUUACGCCUCCCCACGGCGGUAGUCAAUAACCAGGAUGCCGUUACCUUUCACUCGACUGCCGACACAAUCUACUUCCCCAUCCCAUUCAAGGAAACCGAGACUCUGGCGGCUCUCAAGGCAGUGGAAGGCCUAGUCGCAGGAGAAAUCGCAAAUCUUCGAUAUGGAGAAAAACCGCGGAAACGGACUGUCAAGGUCAGCUUGGAGGCUGCAACCUACUUUGGUUGCCAGGCCUAUAUGGCCAAAGUUAGUGGUCUGGGGAAGCUAGAUCCGGGUGUGCGGUCCAAGCUUAGAGACACCGAUCUUCUGGCAGCCCAAUCCAAUAUGUAUCGAAGAAUGUCUGCAAAUCUGUACAGGACCAAGGAUGGGAAGUUUUUCCACAUCCAUGGCUCCCUGGAAGCUACCACCACACUCAAUAUGAUCGGGCUAGAAGGCCAUCGACCUGACUUAACUGAUUAUCAGAAGAUCAUCAAGACUAUCGAAGAUCGAGUGGAGAGUUUCACGGCUGCAGAGCUGGAAAAGAUGAACGCGGAAAAAAGACAGGCUGGUGUCACCGCGUACAAACACGAAGAUUUUGUCAAAACACCUCAUGGCCAACUCAACACCCAAGAGCCACCUUGGAGUGUCACGCAAUUACAAGGCAACAUACCGUCGACAGAGUUUCCAGCUUCUCGCAAUGGCAGCCGAAAAAUCCUCGAAGGAAUCAAAGUACUAGAACUCUGCCGCAUCAUCGCUGGGCCGACAAUUACGCGCAUCCUCGCUGAAUAUGGGGCCAAUGUUUUGAAAAUCACGAGUCCAAACCUGAGUGAUGUGCCUUUUUUCCAGGUUGAUGGGAAUAUGGGCAAACAUGCCGCAGAUUUGGACUUGAAGACAGCCGAGGGUCGACGGAAAUUCGAAAAGCUAUUGGCAGAUGUUGAUGUGUUUGUGGAUGGAUAUCGGCCUGGUGCGCUGGAAAAGCUCGGGUACGGACCGGACAAGCUGGCUGAGCUAGCAGAGAAACGGGGGAAGGGGAUUAUCUACGUUAAUGAGAACUGCUUUGGAUAUAAAGGGGAGUGGGCAGGUCGUCCGGGAUGGCAGCAGAUUGCAGAUUGCGUAACCGGCAUAGCAUGGGCACAGGGACAGUUCAUGGGCCUCGACACGCCAGUCGUCCCUCCAUUCCCCAUCUCAGAUUACGGAACAGGAUGCAUGGGUGCCAUCGCCGCACUGACGGGUCUGUAUCAUCGUGCCAAAACAGGAGGGUCAUAUCACUGCAAGGCCUCUCUCAUGCAUUACGACCUCCUCCUCUUCGCCGUCGGUCAAUAUUCUGCCGACUUACAAGAGAAGCUUCGCAAUGAGCAACUGCCCGAAUUCUUUGACCUGCGUCAUCACGACAGCGUCGACCGCAUUUCGGCGACGACGCUGGGUGUGCUGCGGAAGCGGUUUCCGGAUCUUUUCUCGGUUGCUGAUGGUAGUUCAUUGAAUACAGAGAAAUGGUUCUCGACGAAGUACAAUGCGGAAAUUGAGGUUGUGAAGCCCGUGGCGCAGAUCGAGGGCGUGGAAAAUGGGUUUGUCCGCGCAAGCCGACCAAAUGGAAGCGACCAGGCGAGCUGGGAUGGGUUUGGUCUGGAAGAGAGUGACUAUCAAGUUUCUAGUUAG